AUGGAACCAGCUCCAUUACUGGAAACACCAACUUUAGACCCUUAUGAUGAUGAAGAAGACGAAGACAAGUAUCUGAUACCAAAGCCAUCAGAGUGGUUCCCAAAGCUAGUGUCUUUACAAGCUGAUUUGAUUUACAACUCCAUCCUGGUUUUAUGUCACCCCAUACUCUCCAUCUUCUCUUUCGCCUACGAGUCUUACCACCAAGCCGAGCAGGCCAAGGAGACGGUCGAGUCCGCAGUCCAAAAAGCCCCCUCCACCAUCAUACACGGCGCAGUCGUCCUCAUCAAGAAGCUCGGCUUUGGAGUUCUCGGGGCAGCCUAUGUCUGCAUGGUGUUGUUUAUGCUUUUGAUUCUGGCCACAAUUGUGGGAGUUGCUUUGGUGCGGCUCUGGCUGGAAGAGCCUGUGGUUGUUAGGGAUAGGUUGCACUUUGAUUACACCCUAGCUCAUCCCAAGGCGGUGUUUGUGUUCGGAGGAUCAGGGUUAGCUGCUGGGAGUGGUGCUGACUACUUCAAGAUUAUUAUUAGCAGCAACAGUAGGCGUAUGGCUAUGGGGGUUCCUGUUGGACACACUUUUACUGUGUCUCUGGAGCUUUUGAUGCCGGAGUCUGAUUUUAAUAGGCACAUUGGGGUGUUUCAGAUGACCGCAGAAGCAUUAGCAGCUAAUGGUGAUGUGAUUGCCAAGUCAAGCCAGCCAUGUAUGCUACGAUUUAGAAGCCUCCCAAUUCGACUCACAAGAACAUUUCUUAUGGGUGUACCUCUGAUACUGGGCAUUUCUGGAGAAACCCAGAAGAUAGCUGGACAAAUACUGAGGCACAAGGAAGGGACUUAUCCAAGAACCCGAGCAAUAAGAAUAACAUUAAGUCCAAGAGCUGGUACUUCACAUCUUCCACAGUUGUAUGAGGCUGAAAUUGUUUUGAAUUCACAGCUGCCUUGGACAAAGCAAUUGGUGCGCAGUUGGAAAUGGACGCUCUAUGUCUGGGCCUCUUUGUAUUGUUACACUAUAUUCGUAAUAACUUAUGUAACGUGUUGUAGACCACUCUUGUCACCAGUGACAAUGAUCAAAACUGCGGCGAAUUAUGUUGCUAAUCGUGUUAAUCAUGACCGAUCAACUACUGAUCAUGUUCAAAGAGAUAGAGGGGCGAGUACUGAAGUAAGACGGCGAAGACCCCUUCGAGUGCCUAAAGAUGCCACAACGACACUUAAAGAUGAUUCUGAUCAGAGUGAGGAUAUUUCAGAGUUGUUGAGAAAGUGGCAGCGGAGCAGAAGCAAAAGAAAGGCAAUCUAUUUGCAAACGGAUUUACCAAGUGAGACUGUUGGCACCUCAUCUGCACCAUCAACGAUUAGUAUGAGUACUCGAGAAGAUGCAAGUACUGUAACUGCGGAAGAAGAUGUUGGGGACUCGGAAUCAGUGUGUACUUAG